UUAAAACGCGUGCUCUGCGCCCUUUUAAGGCCAUGCAAUUUGCCGCCUCAACGUCACCAAAUGCACCUUUGUGCUUUUUAUGGGCAGCAAUCACAAAACCGCUUUGGACCGUUUGCUUUUUAAGAAAAGAGUGCGAGAAGCACAAAUCUAUUUUUUUUCUCUGGACCGUUUUGCUUUUUGGUACUUUCUGAGCACGAAAUCCGGCCAUGAUGACGAUUCCAGCUCUAUUUUUGGAUUUUGCGGACAACGACAUAGAACAGGUACAAAAGAUACCAUCUGUCUAGCAGCUUUACAAGUCUAUUUAUAAACCUGCGAGCGCAGCUACUCUAGCUGUGCAGUUAACUGAAGAAUACAAACAGCACUUUCUCUCUCACACUUUCUUUUUUAUUUAUUAUUAUUAUUCUCUCGCAAUCUGCAAGCAGUCCUCAAUUCACCUUUUAUUGCAUAAUUACAAAUGACCGACUUUAUCGACCGCGUUCCCCGCCGCUUUGAGGAUGUCAAUUCCAACGAGGGCAUCAACACUGUUGAAUUCCUGGAGGCCGCUGAUGGUGUUGUCAUGCUUUUUGACGACCUGGGCUCCGCCGCCUUUGUCAUUGUGAAGAAUGACAUUCAAGGAAACAUUAAAAAGGUCCGCACCAAGCAUGAAUCCAAUCCCGAGGCGUUCAACACCCUGGAGAAGAUUGUUCUCGCUGAGGCUGGUACCAGCGACCGCACUGCCACCCAGGGGCUCUUGUGGUUGAAAAGAGGCCUCGAGUUUACUGCCAUGGGCGUCAACAAGAACUUGAGCACGGCCAACGAGGAGCUCUCCGCCUCUUUCACCAUUGCUUACGAGAGGACCAUUAAGCAGUACCACAAUUUUGUUGUCAAGGCGGCAUUUAAUCUUGCCAUGAGGGCCUGCCCCUCUCGCGUUGACUUUUACAAAAAGCUCGGCGAUAACCAGGAUGACGUCGCUGCAAAUCUUCUCAUAUGGGCCACGGCUCUGCAGGUGCUGCUCGACAAGCUGAACAUUUUUUACAGCUCGAAGGAUUACGGCAAGGGCCUCUAAUCGUAUUCAUUCCAUUCAAAUCCACCAACACUGUCUUAUGUUUUUAAAUAUACACGCAUAUGUACGCACACAUCUUUUUUGUGUGUUUAUCAAA